GCACCAGCAGCUGGUGGAGGCCCAGGCCUUCAACGAAUGGCUGUCAAACCGACGUCUUCGCCAGGAGGGCGAGAGCUACGCCGACGAGCUGGGCCGCAUGACGGAGGCCGUGAACCGGCGCAUACCACAAUUGCGGUACGCCCCGGCGGAGCGGGCGGGCGUCCGAAGCAUGGCGACGCAGGUCCAUGCCGGCAGGAACACCAGUGACAGCGGGGUCGUUGGCGGCGUCAUGCCGGGGCGGCAGGGCGUUCAAACGACGGAGGAACUGGAGGACGAGGACGGGCAGGAGAUUCUGCGCCUGCUGGGUCGGCGCUGGACGCGGCCGCACAGAGUCAUGCUGCGCUACGACCCCUUGAGCCACACGGUGCUGAGCUAUUUGUGCGAGGUCGUGCAGCGGGCCAGCGAGCGGAGCUACCUGGGCAAGCGAGGCCUCAAGAUAAAU